AUGGCGCGGGGCACGCGUUCGUCGCUUCCGGUGGACGGAGACGGAGGCGCCCAGAGUCGGAGCAGGAGGAGGGUGGAAACAAGAAAGCAGGAGAGAGAGUAGCCGACAGCGACCACUGCUACCUACAUCCGCACUUGUCCCACACCAACGCCCAGUGCCUCAGCCUUCGCCAGACUAUUACCAGCAACAGCCGUACUACCCGCCUCCGACGUCGUACUACCAGCAGCAGCAGCCACCACCGCAGCCUCCGCCACCGCCGUCGUUUCAGCCGCAGCAGCAGCAGCAGCAACAGCAACACUUCACCCAUGCCCCGCCCCAGUCGCCUUCUCCCGGAGCAGCAGCUUUUCCGCCUGGGCAUCUGCACUCCCUGAUGGCACACUUUGUGUCCGCUGACGAGAUGAGUUCGCUUUCGGUUUCGAAUGAUGUAGGCAGUGUCGCAUGUGGUGAUCUUGGUUUUGCUUUGUCUGCCCAGAGUUGCGAUUACAGUCCUGGUAGGGAGGUAUUUUGGUCGGAUAGCGGUGCAAGCAACCAUUUUGUGAGUAACAGCUCCAAAAUGUACAACAUCUCGCCUGUUCCCCCCGGCAAAGAAUACAUCAGAGUAGGCAAUGGUGCUCAUUUGCGCGUGGAGUGUGUCGGUAGUGUCAAUCUGGCAUUCCAUAUGGCAGGAGGCCGCUCGGGAGAAGUGGAUUUUUGUGCCCAAUUGACAGACGUGUACGUGGUGCCAGGAAUUUCGUUCAACUUGUUCUCCCUGCACCAAACGCAGAAAAAGCACAGGAUAGUGUUGGAUGAGAGGGGUGUGCACCUUUUCGGCGGUCGGCUUAGUUUCGCAUAUUCGGAUAUCGGAUGCUCUCUAUCGGCCACCCGCUUGCCCCCCUCGUACCGCGACGGUGAUGUAAUCCCCUCUACCGUUGUCCCUCCCCCCGUUGUCCGCCAAGCCGUCUCCGCCUGGCGUUGGCACUGGCCUUUUCGCCCAAAACCCCCCUCCCCCUUCUCAAUUUUCAGGAUCGGGUGCAGGGUACGGUCCGAGUUCGAGCUUCCCGUCCAUCGGUACUGCCGGUGUUGUACCUUCGGCUUCGAGC